UUGUGGCCAUCGUUUGAGAUCGUCGAAACCGACUCCGAGGGCGUCGGAACUAUUCGCCGGGUCGGUAUCGCGGAGGCGAACGGUCUUGUGGGGUUGGUUCUCGCGUUGAUUCCGGUGUUAGUCACGCUUGGUGCGAUACUCUCGGUGCCGCCCAGCGGUAAUGCUGAGCGCCGACACAAGUUAAACCUGAUCGUGGGGACGAUUCUGCUGUGGGUGUUCAUCGUUGCGUUUUCCGGAGACAUCGGUAUUUUCUAUGUUCCCGCAUCGACGAUGUUGACGUCGGUUGUGGUGCUGAUGCUGAUUCGUGACCGUGCAUGGGGUAAGCCGGGAGUCCGCGAACGCUCGAAAUCGGCACGAGAAUUGCGAGAAGAAGCGGUUCGUCGUGCGAAACGCUCCAGCAACCGCGUUGGACGUCGGAGAGAUGGAAGGCGUCGCUCUCGUUAG